AUGAACUUCGAGGAUUGUACGCUGGUCGCGUCUGGCAAUUGGGCGGCGGGGAACCGCCUGGAGCAGAUGCCGAGGUCGCCGACUAACGAUUGCUACACGCACAUCACUGCGUCUCUCACGUACACACCUGCCCAGGCAGACGUCGAGCGUCUCAGACUGUUCUUGUGCACUCCUUGUGCGGGCCAGGCAGCAGGGCGCAGAGUCGUCAUGGCCGUCGAGGCUCUCGCGAUGCACGGCGAGCCUGCACCGCCGAAAAUCAUAGUCUUGCAGGGCGGUGGCGGCAACAGCAAGUCUGCGACGACGAAGCUGCGCGCGAACGUAUUCGCCGACUCCCACAAGUUCAUGAGCGCGUCGUGCCUGCAGAAAGACGACGAGUUCAGGAAGCAGGGCGGCCAGUUCGCGGGGGCGUCCCUCUUGACCAUCCAGGAGUGCAGCGGCGGGGACCCAUUGCAGGAGGAGGUGGCCAAGAAAUUCGCCAGCGGCGAAGUACCUCCCUGUCGACCGAACUACGGGGAGACAGCUGAAUACUUCGGAUGGCCCUGCGCGGGGAAGUUCUGGGAGUUGAGCUUCGCGCUGCCCUCCGUGGUCGGGGGCCCGCACGACCCCCCCUCGCUGAAGUCUUGGUGUCGUAGACUGCUGGUGAUUCCCUUGGAGAGCUCCUACUCCGCGUCGCCCGCCGAGGUGCGCGCGGGCGAUCGCGUCUUCCUCGACGACUCCACGCUCUCGCCGUUCCUGGACAGCUCCGUCGCGCGCCACAUCUACAUGUUGCAUCACUUGCUCCCGUUCCUUCAGAAGUACUCCGCCGACGACUGCAGACGCUUCAUAUCGCUGCCGGGCCAGGGCACCCAGGAUCGCACGAUCUCCUUCGUGCAGCAGAUGGCGAACGGCGGGAAAAAAAACCCGUGGAUGUGGAUUCGACGGCCAACGGCGGCGGUAGCAGCGGGCCAGGUGACGGCGCUCGGAAACUUUUGUUCGACAUACGCGGCCACGCAGAAGCACCGAAUUCUGAAGCCGUACGUAUUCCAGUCUCUCUCACCGACGCUGUUGCCAGGGGCCCGCGGCACUUCCGUCAAGGGCAAGAAGACCAAGCUGCAAAACCUGGAUGACUCCAUUCAUGCAUUUCCGCAUAUGUUCAAGAAGCCCCCUCUGGCGGGCGGCGACCAGAAGCUCCAGAUCGAUGUGCAAAAGUUCUCGGACGCCAUGUCCCGCGUGGAGAACUGCGCCGUCCUGCGCGAGAUAGUGAACCUGACGCAGUUGCGCGCAUAUUGCGCCAAGGGCAUAGACUCCAGGCAGAAGCAACUGGAGAGCUACAUUCAAUGGCACGAAACCAAGGGCGCGCAGGAGGGCGACUUCAGCACCAUCGAGGUGAAGUAUUACAGGCCGUGGGGCCUUCCAGGGCGGACGUACGCCUUCGGCAUGGCCGCGCAGGAGCUUACGAGGCAGGCGCGCGCGGCUGCGUUCCAGGGCCACGCCGUCGACGUCGAUUUCGUGGCUGCCUUUUCCCGCAUGGGCUAUCGCGAGGCGCGCCGCAUCACGCACAACUCGACGACCUACGGCAUCUGGAGGAAGUCAAUUCUGCACGUGGGCGCCUGGAGGGGCUUCAUCAAGGACUACGUGGAGAUUUCGGACGACGCAGCGAAGUCCAGGGUCGGCGAGGGCAGGCGCGUGAUUAUGGACAGCCCCCGCUUCCACUACCUGCGCAACCAAUUCGGUGACCGUCGGGCCCCCGAUGCGACCCGCUUCGCGUGCGCCACGUUCGCGCUCGAAGACGAGGAGCUAGCAAAACUUGUCGAAGCGAUCAAGGGCCAGGACAGCAGCACGGAGGCGUUGGUUUACAUGUUCGACGGAGCCAUCAUGUCCACGCCCGCUGGUCCCGCAAAGAUCCAGUCGGGGAUCGACGCGUGCGAGGGCACCAGCCAGGGCAUCAGCGUCAUCGUGAAGCCGUUCGCUUUCUUCGAUGAGAAAAACGUGCUCACCCACGAGCAGAUGGAAGAAGCAGGCGUCUACUUCACAACGGCCAACAUUGGCUUCGGCAUGGACUACCUGCGCGUCACCAAAAUGCGGUUGUUGUUCGGCCGGCUGCGCGUCGCGGUGACUGAGAGUGCGCUCGGGAAGACAGUGCAGUUCGACGUGGAGUAUCCAGCACACAGCGUGUGCAACGACAGAAAGGUCAUCACCUUCCAGCCGCCAACGGGCAUCAAGGUGAAGGCGCUCGCAUUCGACGGCCACUUCGGCGUGUUCCGAGCUCUCGAGGAGGGCGUGGACGAGCGCACGAAGCCAUUGGCUCAUGUGAAUCGCAAGAGCUUCAAGAUGAUUGAGCGCGAGGCACGGGUGGCUCCAUGUGCCUCCAAGCAUUCUGAGAGGGCGCGGAUCCCCAACCGCGCAGGCGGAUGGCAGUUCUUGCUGGAUGGGGGGCGCGCCGACGUGCUCGCCGCAAAGGAACACAUUAAUAACGAGUGCCAGGAGGACAAGCGCCAGUGCAUCCAGGCGGUUUGCACUCUUCAGGGAGUCAGGUUUGAUUUAUUCGUGUAUGACGGCAUGUGUUCCUUCAAAGCAUGGGCAAAGAAGAGGCAUAAGCAGUUCUAUGGUAGCAGUAAGCACUGGUGCGUGGACGAGUUCCAUCGACCGAAUCACAAGUGCGACUGCCCCUGCCGUCGCGUUACACCUGCCGCCAAAAAGCGUCUCGACGAGGUCAACACGUCGUGCGCGGAGCAGUUCAACUCCUUCAUCAGACGCUUCAACUUCUUCCUGAACAGCCUACGCCCAAGCUCUCAUCGCCUGUGGGUAAAGGAAACCAUUAGCCACUGGAACAGCCGCGAGGAGAGUAUCAGAGGCAUUGCAUUUCCCCGAAAGCGCCGCCAUGCAGCUCAACGGGUGACGACCAAGAAGGCCGUCACGAAGAAGACCGCGCGCGCCACUUUUCUCAGCAAGUGCCGCAUGACCAAGAAGGCCGUGAUGAAGACGCCCGCGCGCCAAUGA